AGAAUUACAACAUCGGACUUUUGCCGCCCACGCCCUCAGGUCUCAAGAAUGUGGCACUGAUUUUCUAUCGUCCUUGUUUGUAGAAGUUAUCGAGUUGCACUUGUUUUUCUUUUUUGAUUAUUUUUGCGCUUUUAAUCAACAUCCAGUAUUCAUUGAUUAAUCACAUACUUUUUUAUCAUUGCAAAGCAAACAGAAAAUGUCCUCCACGCCGUCGUCGAGCGCGAACAACAGCCCCCGAGCUGCUCCACCGCCACCAAGACCGCCAAACAACGUGGAUGGCAUCCUCCGGGAACUCGGCGUCACCCGGUCCCAAGCCUACGCAAUAGGCGCUUCGGCGUUAGCGUGCGGAAUAUUGCUGAACAACUCGAUAUGGAUUGUAAAAAUGUCUGGGUCUGGAAGAGUGCAAGUUUGUCAUGCUUGUCUGGCAUGACUCGAGAAUCUGUGUUGCACAGGCACGAAAAAGCCCUCCUACCUGUCAUGCAAAAACGCAGUUUGCCAUGCGGAAUACGUAAGACAUGGGAGCCAAAAAAUUUGUCAUGCAUAGCUGCGUACUGCAGUGCGUCUAUCGUUCAUUUUUAGCAUCACAAGUUUCCAGACCCAGACACUUUUGCAUUUGAUACUCGACUAAGGCCGGCAAUGCGUUCAGUAUCGGAGUGUUGGGUUUAGUAUCAAAUGUCAAAAUGUCUGAGUCUGGAAAAGUGGAACUUGUAAUGCGUGUCAUGCAUUCGUCGAAAAUCUGUGUUGCAUGAGCAGCAAAACAGAGGCUUUCUUUGUCAUGCAAAAACGCAAUUUGUAAUGCGUGCUAGGCAUCAGCAGGCCUCUCAAAAACUUGUCAUGCUUGGCUGCCAUUGGAAGCGCUUCAAUCAUGCGCAAUUCAGCAUCACAAGUUUCCAGACCCAGACAUUUUUACAGUUGAUAUUUAGCAGGUUCGUUGUUUCUCUUACCGGCGCCAACUGAGGCGAGCUUCACUGGGUUUUUCAAGUCCUGGUUUCUGGAUAGAUACAUGGUAUCAAAUGUAAAAAUGUCUGGGUCUGGAAGAGUGCAUGUUUGUCAUGCUUGUCUGGCAUGACUCUCAAAUCUGUCAUGCAUGUUACCCAAGAGCGCCACUUUUCUGUCAUGCAGAAACGCAGUUUGUCAUGCAGAAUAGGCAACACCUGGAAGCUCAGAAACUUGUCAUGCUGAGCCAGCACUUGUGGCCUCCUCAUGAUACGCCACCCAGCAUCACAAAUUUCCAGACCCAGACAUUUUUACAUUUGAUACAUGGCGGUAUGACACAAAUAACUCAACCAAAUCUAAAAUACCAUGGGGGAUCAAAAAAAAAAAAAUUGAUAGUAGUACAAAACAGGAUAUUAGAUAAUUGCGUGUAAAAUAGGCCACUUUUUAAUGUACUAAUUAACUAAGGUAGCUAGAUAAGGUGUAUUUGCAUGGUGAAAGGAGCCCGGAGAUGGACUAUGUUGGUCCAGGGAUUCGCCCGAAUCCGUGGACCAACACAGACUGUGUCUCCGGGCUCCUUUCACCAUGCAAAAACACCUUACUUAGCUAGCUAGUUUAGUGGCCUGAUAGUUAGAUCAGAUUAACUAGCUGCAUUACAAAUACAAGUAGAUUACUGUGUUGAUUUUUUUUGCUUGAUGGGGGAUGGUAAAUUGCCUUUGGUUGAGUUAUUUGUGUCAUAGGCGGCAGCGGGGAAAAGCUAUCGGGACUACUUGAAGCAGAAGAGUAUUUUUUUGAUAGUACUGCUUCUCGCUUUUUUACUAGCAACCACCUCCCGAUAACCAAAAAAUCACUAGAAGCUCCACAACCUCGACAAACAUCACACAAAUUGAAAACCCCCGGGGGACCCUUGAUGGCGCGAACCGGCGCGCAAGCCCAAGCAGGCACUCUUUUGCCGGUGCAGGUCUGCCACAGGUGCUGGUCUGCCGUGGCAGGUCGGCCACGCACUGCUACUGCUGGCCCGCCAUGCAUGGCAGGUCUGCCACUCCUGGUUGGUCGGCCAGCCACUGACUGGUGGUCCGCCAUGGCAGGUCUGCCGCAGCUUGCCCUCUGUGGUGGGUCCGCCGUGGCUUGUCUGCCAUCGCCAUGGUAGGUCUCUCUGCCACAGCUGCGGGCCCGCCGUGCCCGGUCUGCCACAGUUGGCCCGCCGUGGAAGGUCGGCAGCAGCUACUUUUCCGCCGUGGCUGGUCUGUCCUGCGUGGCUGAUCUGCCUCCGCUGGUCCGCCAUGGGAGGUCUGUCACAGCUGGUGGACUGUCCUGGCAAGCCUGCCACAUCUGCUGGUCCGCCGGGCGUGGCUGGGUUUUUCAAGUCCUGGUUUUUGGAUAGAUUACAAACGGCGACCCACGUUACCGUCCUCGCACGAUAACGAGACCAGGACGAAGCCAAAACGAAGCCAGUCGGGCAGCUUUUACAAGGGCCCACCUCUGCCAGCGCAAAACAUCGGCAAGUUUUCCCAUAGUGGCCGGCCGAGGCGUUUGCAGGGCCCCCAGCCUUUGGGGCUUCUGCUGCAUGUAAGCCGGGGCGCCAUUUGUGUUGUGCGCGCUGUGGGCCCGGGCGCGUCGCGUUACGCAUACGGGGGAGCCUGCGACGCAGCGUGCCGCCGGGCUCAAUUUUUGAGCCGCAUGGCAUUACAAAGAAACGCAAAAAGCUUUGGCCGUCGCGGGGCUAUGCGCUUCCCACAUGGAUGCCGAGGGGGCGCCGCCUUCGUCUUGCCUUUGGCUACUAUGCGAAGCCCCAAUGCCCCGCGCAGUGCCUGCGAUAUUCAAAUGGGCAUGGGCGCACUCUGGUCCAGUAGAUAUUUACACGCGACCACCCCUGGUCGGCAUUGCCGGAAAACCGAAGCCAAAACGAGGCCAAAACGAAGCCAAAGGGCAAAAAAACCGAGGCCAAAACGAAGCCAAAACGAGGCCAAAACGAAGCCAAAGGGCAAAAAAGCCGAGGCCGAAACGAAGCCAAAACGAGGCCAAAACGAAGCCAAAACGAGGCCAAAACGAAGCCAAAACGAGGCCAGGCAAGUGCGUUUCGCGUCUGGAAGGGGAACGCGGAAAAUUCGGCACUUUGGUCGCCGCCCGGCUCGCUUUGCCGUGCCCUCGUGGAAGCGACGCCAAAACGAGGCCCAAACGAGGCCAAAACGAGGCCCCGCGGUCUGAUUCUGGGCCUUUGCUUUCUGGCAAAAAGUUGAAAGGGUUGGCCGUCUUUUUUUUGGAUGGCUUUGGCUUCGUUUUGGCUUCGUUUUGGCCCCGUCCCGGCUUCGUUUUGGCCUGCGCGUUUUCUGAUCGUUCUGCCUGGUCCUCUGUCUGCAACAGAGGCACGGGGCCAAUUUGCGCCAGCAGGCACGAGGCCUCAUGUUGGACAGACAGCGGCGCCUCCCUGGCGGGCAUCCGGUAGACGGGCUCUGGCGUGGCCAUUGACUAGGGUAGGCGAGUCUGUCUGGUCGCAGUCCGAUGCGGCUCAAAACUUGAGCCAUGUGGCGCGCUGCCUGCGAAUCUAUACGCCCGCGGCCCAUGCCCCAAUAUGGGGAAAAUUAAAUGGGGCGCGCUAGUGUUUCGGAGGCAGCUGCAGAGACCACGCGCCGGCAGCAUGAAGUAGAGCUACCCCCAGGCGUGGCUGGGUUUUUCAAGUCCUGGCUUCUGGAUAGAUACAUGGCGGCAGCGGGGAAAAGCUAUCGGGACUACUUGAAGCAGAAAAGUAUUUUUGUUGAUAGUAUUCAUUGCUUCUCUAUCUCGCUUUUUUAUUUUUUCGAUACUUCGAAGUCGGGCACUGAGACUGACACUGUAGGCUUGGUCUUGCUGCAUGACAAAAACGUCGUGGGAACGAAACUAGCAUGAUUAUGACAAAGUCAAACUACAUAAAAAAUGGACACGAAACUACUACGGAAUAUCUAUCUUCAGGUAAGAGGGAAGACGGGCUUCAGGCAAUCGGGACGAAGAUCACGCGGUGGUUCCACAAAGCGACAGAGGACGUCAACAACACGUUGUUUUACGAAUUGUCCGUGAAACACGCGCUGCCUAACGCCUAUCGGGUCAACGUGAUGGAGGUAGUCGUUCCUCUUGAUCAAUCUUGCUUGUUCAACUCUAAAAGGCCUUCAUCUUAACCACACUUCGUAUCUAUACGUGGUUUGCUUUGUUCCAUGAUAUGAUAAGUAAUACUGCUGCGUUAAAGAGAGUCCCAACCCCAAACCUCCCGAGCGGUCUGGCAUGAUAAAGAAGAAUUCCGGAAAGAAAACCCAUUCAGGUUUUCCGCUUCACACAAGUCAACCUCGGGUCCCCGCGAAAACCCGCCUGGUUCACGUUCAUUGGCGCAUACAGGAUGUGGUUUUGGAUACCGGUGAUAUGGACCGAUGGGGGAUUGGUGUUUGACUUGACAUUGGCGGUGGCGGACGGCGGGUUACUGAACUACGAUCUGGCGGGAUAGUAGAGCAGAUGAUAAUCUUGUUCAAGAAGCACGACCAUCUGCCACUUACUUCUAAGCGACCACGGCAAGAAAGAAAUCAUAACCAAAACUAAAGCGCAUGGUUUCUUUGAAGCUCGCGCAACGAGCUGAAAAAAAGUCAUCACUAGCCAUACGG